CCAAUGUCCAUAACCUACCCCCCUUCUCCCAACUCCCCUCCCCCCUCAUCACUACCAAUAUUAAAAGGACUAGUCGGAGCACAUCAUGAACAACUUCAUGUCAAAACAAUCAACUUAAAUGAAAUAAACAAAUUUUUUGAAAACCACGAAUUAAGCUCACUCAAAAAGAAGUAGAAACCCAGAAUAGCCCUACAUCCUUAAAAUAAAGUUCCACAUAAUUUUUAGAGGGGGGGAAAACCCUGCAGGUUGAGCCACAGUAGGGGACCACCCAGGAGAAGCCCACUUCUUAACUACCCUUGUUGAUUUGGGGAAGGUUGGAGUCACAGUGACAGAGGCAAGCAGCUUAGCCAGCUCUGCUUGAGAAAAGCUGAGUCAUAAUGAGGUUCCAGCUCUCCAUAAAUUUAAGCGUCACUAAUCAAACACCUUCAGAUUAGGCUAAAGAAGGUGGGGGGGGGGUCCUAAUUGCCUAUGCAGACCUCGACACACCUGGAGAUUCAUUUUCAUUUGAACUUUGUGGAUGCACAGGUUUCACUGGGAGGAAAAAAUAUAUCGAUAUCCCUCCUCCUUGGACAAACUUAAAACUCAGACACUUGGCACCCACAGGAGUUAUGUAAGGUUUAAGUAAAAACAUUCCAAUAAGAGGCUUGGCACACAGCAAGAGCUUCAUUAACACUCCCUCCCACUUGGGGGCGCGCUGGGAAUCACACCCAGAGAUGAACCCUGCCCCCAGCCGUGAAUCCACUCAUUGGACCUUUUUUCUCUCAUUCUUUCUUGAGUUUAAGCAAAAAGAGGGCACUAUGACCAUAGAAGCAGUUACCGUGUCUAAAUAGUUUCAUCGCAUUUGAGGAAACGACAAACAUUUUCAUUUUGCAGUGGAUGGUAGGCGCACGCCCAAGAAAAUUACUCAGCCCUUGUUUUUCUCCUUUAGGGGUUUUCCUAAAAUAGUUUCUUCGAUCCAAAUGCAAUGCAUCUCUAGCACUCAUCGACUCAUCACCAUCCGCUUUGGCUUUGGGAAAAACUACCACCGCUCCCGCCCGCAGACCACCGCUCGACUCAGGGGCGGGAUCCAGAGCGCGCAGCUCGAGGGAAGGGGCGGGCCCGGGAGGGGGCCGUUACGAAACCUUCGGGAACAGACCGCCACUCCUCGCAGGGGAGGGACCAAGGGCUGGGGCCUCGUUCUCUAGAAGUCGCAGCACUGGAUCCCAGAACUCGGGGCUCUGUGGCUUCUCUGUGUCCGCGCCUCUGCAGCGCGCUCCCCGGCGGCCCACAGGCCGGUCCGCUCUCCAAGUGCCUCCCCCGGCCAUGUCGUCCUGCAGCCGCGUGGCGCUGGUGACCGGGGCCAACAAGGGCAUCGGCUUCGCGAUCGCGCGUGACCUGUGCCGGCAGUUUUCGGGGGACGUGGUGCUCACGGCGCGGGACGAGGCGCGGGGUCGCGCGGCCGUGCAGCAGCUCCAGGCCGAGGGCCUGAGUCCCCGCUUCCACCUGCUGGACAUCGACGACCUGCAGAGCAUCCGCGCCCUGCGCGACUUCCUGCGCAGGGAGUACGGGGGCCUCAACGUGUUGGUCAACAACGCGGGCAUCGCAUUCAAGCCGGACGAUCCAACGCCCUUCUACAUUCAAGCUGACAUAACGCUGAAGACAAACUUUUUUGCCACAAGAAACGUCUGCAUCGAAUUACUGCCGAUAAUAAAACCUCAUGGCAGGGUGGUGAAUGUUAGUAGUUUAGAGGGCUCAAAAGCUCUUGAAAAUUGCAGCACAGAUCUACAGAAGAAGUUCCAGUGUGAGACGCUCACGGAGGAGGACCUGGUGGACCUCAUGAAGAAGUUUGUGGAGGACGCAAACAAUGAAGUGCAUGACAGGGAAGGCUGGCCCAACUCGGCUUAUGGGGUGUCCAAGCUGGGGGUCACGGUCUUAUCGAGAAUCUUGGCCCGGCGUCUGGAUGAGAAGAGAAGAGGUGACAGGAUUCUGCUGAAUGCAUGCUGCCCGGGGUGGGUGAAGACGGACAUGGGAGGGGCUCAUGGCCCCAGGACGGUGGAGGAGGGAGCCGACACCCCUGUCUACUUGGCCCUGUUGCCCCCAGAUGCUACUGAGCCUCAUGGCCAGCUGGUCCAUGACAGAGUCGUCCAAAACUGGUGAAGGUCUGCUUUGGUGCUUAAUAAAUGUUUGCGGAAUGAAUGAAUGAA